AGUGGGCUCUUUUCUUAUAGUGCCACACAUUUUCCCGUCACUCACCACAUUCAUUUCAUUCGACAAAUUGUUCGCGUUGAGGAAAGUUGGAGCUGUUGAAGCAGCAGAAAAAGGGGAGGUGCACAAACAUCGGCAAAUCCGUUUAUUUUCUUUUCGUUCUGUUCCUGUAUCGUUUUAUAUGUCUUUCAUUGUUUGACUUGCCACCACGUGACGAAGUGCGUGUCUGUUUUACUUGUAUUGAACAAGAAAGGAUAGGAAACGGAAAAACUAACGGUAAAGGAAAAAGCCAACACACCACAUUGACAAAUCGCCAUUCAUUGGAAAUUACUUUACCCGAGCAAAACACCGGAUUUUUUUCUGUUCGUGUUGAGGUAGAAAUCAAUAACGUCUGCUACUGCAAAGUACAUUGAAUCAGUCACAAAUCGAUAGUUGCUGGGGCGAGGACGAUCUGGAUUUGAUCCGCGUCAGCAAACGAACGACCAACGAAUUCGCUGAUAGUCAUGUCGCAGAUAAGUCGGACGGUGAAAAAUCUGGAACCGCCUCGUCCGCUCAAGGCUACACUGAAACAAUCUCACGGUCAUGUACCCGUCUACGAAGUUCAAUCAAUUGAAGAACUUAUCACAUUGACGGAAAAUGUUGCAGCCAGUUUGAACAGUGGAUGUAACAGUGCGGACGGUAUGAACGCGCUACUGGCAAAUCUGCGAUUGUACGGACCGCAACUGGAGAACGUUUCCAAAGAUACCCUAGAUCGAGCGUUCGUAAUUUUUCGAAAUGCUUCGCAGGACGAACGGUUAAACAUAAUGACGCGACUUAACUUGUUGGAACUGAUUGAGUUGCGAGCCAAGUCGUGGCAAGUGUCGGACGGUAUAAACACCUACUACAAGCACAAGGCUACGAAUGUAGAGCCGGAUGUCAUCGGCGAUUCUUCGUUGUUGAGCACCUCCCCUCCUGGAUUGUCUCUAGGACAGCAGAUGAUCCCGUCGUUGUCUCCCGGUGAAUUAAUUCGUACCUCGGGCAAGUUUCCGAAGCCGACGAAAAUUCCCGGCAAAACUUACUGCAAGGACGAGAUUGUUAUCCGCAACGCUGAUUCUGGAAAAGUAAUGGGAAUCAAGGGACGUAGAGUUCACAUGAUAGAGGAAUUAAGCGAAACCGUUAUAUCGUUCCAAAGAGUUAAUCCAGGUGCGAAGGAACGUCUCGUUCAAAUUACCGGUCCCAAUGAGGAGAAAAUCAACUACGCGAAACAGUUGAUCGAAGACACAAUCCGUCGUAAUGCAUCUCCGGUGCGUCUGGAAACUUCACAGGAUGGCUCGUGCAGCUCGUUGGCAUCGUCUGCGUCGGACGAAAUGCUCCCACGACGACCACUCUCCGAUGGGCCAAACUCUUUGCCAAAUAAUCCCACUGGGCAGCGAGGUUCCACAUUGAUGGGCAAUCCAAACGGAUUCCAGCAAGCGGGCUCGCAAUCCGGAGCUGGUUUGAAUUUGAAUUUAGCUAAUUCAAAUAACGGUAACCUGUACCAGCAACAGCAGCAGCAGCAACAACAACAACAUCAGUCGGCACAAUAUACUCAUCCAAAAUUGGCCCGAAACGGAUCCCAGAAUCUUGGACAGCAGUCGGGAUUGUUACUGCACAGUUUAUCCUCAAAUGAUGCUUCUCUGGGUGAAUACAAGUAUACGGUUAGUGUUGGCAGACACAACGUCAAAAUCACCGGAGAAUGCUUCGACUUAGUACGGGUUGCAAAGCUGGUGCUUGACGACUACUUCAGCAGCAAUGAAUUUUUGGCUGCUGUGGAGAUGGGAUUUGACCUACCGAAUUCACUGGCUUCUCCGGUAACACCGAUGCCGGGUCAGCAUCAGCUAAUAACUGGAUCACCGUUUGUCGACAGUGGCGUAGGGCUCGAUGCUAUGGCGAUGGGAGCCAACUGCAUCGAAGUGGAUGACGAUGUGUUCAUCGUAGAACCACCGACUCUACCUGGCGCCAGCAGCGGGUGUAAAUCGGGCGACAGUUCCAGCUCGUCCAGCUCGACGCUAGUAAACACGUCCACACCCAUCAAUAACGGGCUGAGUCGAUCCCGAAGGAGUCAUUUCUCGCGCAAGGACAGCGCACCGGACGGCAUCAAGGAUGGCAGCACAGCUGCACCAGCUUCGAAUGACGAUUCUACUUCAGCGAGAAUUGUGCAUGAAUACGAACGCUUGAUCUACUACUCCAAGUCUCCCCACUCAUGGGCUUUGCCACGUGACUGGUUGAAGAUCUGCGAUAAACUGCCGUACCUAGUACGGAACAAGGACAUCGAUGAUGACAAGAGCCGCUUUAAUGGCGAUUUGUUUUUGGAACAGAAAAAGCAAACAGCUCAGGAAAGUGGUGUCACUUCGAUCGAACCAGGAUCCAACGAAACCGAACGAAGAGGAUUGGGUGAUUCUGCGUUCAAUCAAGUAGAUGCAACCUCUGCUACCACAAGGACCAUGGCGAUUACGACGACGACGACGGCGGCGAUGACGGCAACGACUGCGACAACAAAUUCUACAACACAACCAGCGGAGGCCGAAACGGCUGCUGCAACAACGACGACAACCGAAGCUUCGAAGCAGCAAGAUGUGAACUGAUAAAACAGAAUUUUUUCUCGCUUUGGCACUGUCCUGAUUUUUCAUAACCGAUAUUUGUGGUAGUUUUUUAGUAACAUAUAAAAACACAGGCAAUUCUUAAUUAUUAUCCUUAUAGCCAUAACCUGUCAGCCUUACAGGCUAUAAAACAAAAUCAAUUCACAAAGAAAUUAGGCAAUAAUACCGAUGUUUCCUUACUUUCAUCUAAAAAAUCGUUCUAUACAUUUCACUCUGCAGCUUGAGAUUACUUCAACUCAAACGUUAUUCAAAUAACAACAAAAAACAACCAGAAGCAACACACAGCUUCAACGAAUGAUGAUCCAUUUGAUGAACAAAAAAAUCUCUUAGAUAUAAUUACCCUUUUAUAUAGUCGUGCAUGUUCCCUGAUAACCCAUCCUAGCAUCCGAAAAUCAUCUAGUAACUUGAAAAGUAAACCGAGACGUAAACAUGCUGUGUAUUAGUCAUCUAGUCUUGCGCAAAACAAAUCCAUCGCUUUUUUUUAAUUCUCCGAGGCAGCACACUACUCUUUUCUCGAAGAACAGAUUUCAGAUAACUUCACACUUCGACCCAUGAAGCAAAGCUAUCAAACCUCAAAUAGAACUUGGUGUUACUCUGCCGAUGGUUUUUUGUUUGUUUAAUCACUGUUGAAACGUUUUUUUUUUUGUUCCUAUUUAUUUGUUUUUCCCGUUUUUUUUAUUAAUUAGUAUAUUGAAAUCAUAUUUAUGUUAUUUAAUUAUUUUUUCUUAGUCACCAGCGUCGUAGCUGUGCUUUGAUGUUUUUUUUUUCGUUAUGCUGAAAACAGAAAGGAAACCUCAACAGUGAACAUAAAAGUCUCUACACCUUAGCUCGACUGAAUAAUUUGACGAUAAAAAUAUAAUCCUGCUAUUCUAAGAGCUUUUGUUUUGCAGGGUAUGGCACAGUUCAUAGAAAUAUGCAUGUUAGUUAUUUAUUUGUUUAAUAUAUUUAAUAUAUAUUAGAUGUUGUCAGUAAUGCUAACAGUAAUCAUUAUCCAAUCAGUCUUCAUAUUUAUUCCCUUAACGAAUCACGAAUAUUGCAAAAAAAAAAAAAUAAUAAAAAUAAAUCAAAACAACUGAGUCUAACAUGGUGUGCCUCCGAUCGCCGACUGCGUUUUUGAUAAGAGGAAAUAAAAAAAACUAUUUUUUUUGUAGAAAA